AUGGGCAGAAGUGGAGGCCCUAUUGAACAUCACAGCCAAAUGGAUGGAGUAGUUCCUCUGGAAGAAUGUCAUCUUUCGGUAUGCAUUCCACACGCGUUCGUCACAAACAAUGGAAAGCAAUUUGACUGUGAUUCAUUUCGAAAAUGGUGUUCAAAGCUCCAGAUCAGAAACUACUUCUCAUCCUCUGAACAUCCCCAAGCAAAUGGGCAAGUAGAAGCCACCAACAAGACCAUAUUUAAAAUUUUGAAAAAAAAACUUGGUGAGAACAUCCCAACCGAGGUUGGAUCAGGAAGCAUCCGUAUAGAGACCUUUUGGCCAGAAUCCAAUGAUGAAGGCAUCAGGCUACAUCUUGACUUGCUGCAGGAAAAAUGGGACGAAGCCCAAGUAACCAUGGCAGAAUACCAAGAGAAGGAGGCUCGGUACUUCAACCAAAAGGUCAACCACCGAAGCUUCAAGCUGGGAGACUUGGUCAUGCAAAAAGUCACCAACACCACCAAGGACCCAGCCAUGGGAAAACUAGCUACAAAUUGUGAAGGACCUUAUAAGGUAGUCAGGUGCCGAAGAGCGGGAGCCUACCAUCUUGAAGAUGGCGAGGGGAAGGCACUCCCGAGGCCAUGGAAUGCCGAGCAUCUGAAGAAAUACUUUGUAUAA